AUGGGUAGAAAAAAAAUAAAAAAUGUAUUGCAGAUUGAAAAUCACAACUGUUCAAACAAGUUGUCGACAAAAAACACCCAAAGUUCGAAUAUACCCGAAAAGAAGCUAAUAUUUGAAGACCAACUUCUUGAAAACAUUCAACUCGAAAAUAUCACCAUUGCAGAUAUUAAGAGAAUUACGAGCAAAACAUUUGAUUUUUUACGUACAACAGGACUAAGGCAAACACAUAUUUCUGCUACAACGGGAAUAAAUCAAUCUAUUUUAAGCAUAAUUUUAAGAGAUCCUGGUACUAAAACUAUUUCAAUUAAUAGGAAGAAAGAUGUUGUAUAUAAGUUAUGUGAAUAUUAUAACAAGAUUAAUUUGGGGUUAAUUUCUCAUGACCCAUUAACAGCACCGAAAAUCUCUAAUUCAAAAAAAAACGGAGAAAUAGUUCAAAAGAAAAGAACUCUUUCCAGAAGAAAUAUAUCAGAAAAUGAAUUCAAUAACAAUUCAAUUUCUUCUAAUACUGAGAACUUUGAUCGUUUAAAUUCGGACCAAUACAAUCAUCUUGAAUUAGAAAAGAAAAAUUUUAAUGAAGGACAAGAAUACCUAACUGAGUCAGAAGGUGCAACACAUAGUUUAAAUGAAUCUGGAACAAAACUCACUGGCGUUUCUUCCAAUGGCAAAUCAUUAAAGAAAAAUAUAAUAUUAUUAAGUUCAUGUAUCGGAUGCUCAAAAGGCCCUAGAAAAAAAAGGAAAACCAACAAAUUUCUUAUUGAAGACUUUCAAAGUGGGCCAAUAUCGUCUUUUAUUAAUGAUAACACUUUAAUAGAAUGUAUAGAAUUAGAUAGUUUGUGGGAAUUUAAUGGAAAUCAAACAGGGAAUAAAAAUCGCGAUUUUACUUUAAGAAUUCUAGAGCCCAUAUUCAUGCCAUUAUCUGUAAACCUGCGGCACUUUCUUUCAAGCUCAUUUAAUGAAAGUUUUUCAAUUGAAAAUAGCACCGUUUCUUCAAUUUCAAAACCGAAUUCAUCAGCGAUUCUAUCCACGUUAAAAGGAAAAAAUUUCAGAUCUGAGAAGUUUAUUUGGUCGUCUACGUCUGAUUCAAACACGCUAUGGGGUUUCAUUGAGAACCUCAGUCGUGAAAGACAUCUAUCUAUAUUCAUGAGUAAUCAUGAAAAGAAAAGGGUAUUUAACUGGUUAAUGAAAGAGAUAGAAAACUAUAAAAGUCUAUAUUUACAAUUUCUUUAUGUGAUCUUAGGAUCGAACGUAAACCCGGGAAACAAUUUACUAUUAAUUUGCGAAAUACGUUUAAAUGAAUCAUAUGAAGAUGUUGUUAUAAACGAUAGGUUCAAGUGGAACAUUUCGAAUCCUACAGAUCUGCUAAUUAAACAUGUUGAAUGCCUAAUUUCUGACUUAAAUCUACCGCCAGAACUGUUUUCUGAGUUACUCUAUAGUGCCUUAAAACAGGUUUUUGAUGAAAUAAUUAAUUUUGUCAAAAGAUUCAACCACAGGAAGAACAGUUACAUUAUAAACGAGGCCGUUAAUUCUGGCAUUUAUAUUAACAAUCAAUACGAAGAUGAUACGUCUAGUAACUAUUCAUUUGGCGCAAAUUACGAGACCCGUACUAAUGAUGAUAAUGUUGAAGAGGAGUCUGCGAAAUUUGUCUCAUACGGUAAUUUUGUUGAAUGGGGAGAUCGUGCCGACAUAGAAUACGAUUCAGAUGAUAACGCCAAGUUAUUUCCUACCAUUGAAAAUGCAGAAGAAAAGAGACAGAUAGAGAAUAGGAAUCGUUUUAGAAAGAGAAAAUGA